AAAACAUAAAUAAACAUUAACAACAGCACAAAUAUUCGAUACAUAUUGCAAAAAUAAAACAAUACUGAGCGAAAAUGCGUGACGAAAUAUUAGAUCCGAGCAAUUUAGUGAAAAACCGGGAAAUAUUGUACCGGCUUAUGAUAAGUCAGUUAAUGUACGAUGGCCUAGAAAAGUUUGCCAUGGAGCUCUCAAUGCUGGUCAAGGCGGAUCAGUGUGCGCCUAGCGAACGCCUGUUGCAUGUGAUGAUAUCAGGCAUGCAGAUAUCCGCGGAGAAGGACAAGAGCAAUACGGACGAUGUGCUGCCCGGCAUUGAUCUGGAGUUUGAGCCGGAGGCAUCUGCACUGGCGCCAGAGCCGCAUUCUUAUGAAACAGCUUAUGUGACGUCACACAAGCAGGCUUGCCGCGCUGGUGCAUUUAGCUUUGAUGGUUCGUUGGUAGCAACUGGCAGUGUUGAUGCGAGCAUCAAAAUUCUAGAUGUAGAGCGUAUGUUGGCCAAGUCGGCGCCAGAAGACAUUGAGCCUGGCCGUGAGCAGCAAGGUCAUCCUGUUAUACGUACGUUGUACGAUCAUACGGAUGAAGUUUCAUACCUUGAGUUCCAUCCCAAGGAGCACAUCUUAGCGUCGGCUUCGAGAGACGGCACUGUAAAGCUGUUCGAUAUUGCCAAACCCUCGGUUAAAAAGGCCCACAAAGUGCUAACCGAUUGCGAGCCAGUGCUGUGUGUAUCCUUUCAUCCAACUGGCGACUACAUAGCCAUUGGCACAGAACACAAUGUGCUGCGUGUGUACGAUAUUAAUACCACGCAAUGUUUCGUUAGUGCAAUUCCCUCGCAGCAGCAUAAGGCGGGCGUAACUUGUGUUAAGUACUCUCCAACAGCCAAGCUAUAUGCCACAGGUAGCUUUGAUGGCGACAUUAAGAUCUGGGAUGGCAUAAGUGGACGAUGUGUCAACACCAUAGCAGAGGCACACAGUGGUGCAGCCAUUUGCUCAUUGCAGUUCACGCGUAAUGGCAAGUAUUUGCUAUCAUCCGGCAUGGAUUCAAUUGUUUAUCUGUGGGAAUUGUGUACCAGCCGACCUAUACAGACAUACACAGGUGCUGGUACCACAGGCAAACAGGAGCAUCAAGCGGAAGCGGUUUUCAACCACACCGAGGACUAUGUGCUGUUUCCAGAUGAGGCUACCACUUCCCUUUGCUCUUGGAACUCACGCAAUGGUUGUCGUUUGACCUUAAACUCUUUGGGACACAAUGGACCAGUACGCUACAUAACACACUCGCCCAAUGCACCCGCUUUUCUAACCUGCUCCGAUGACUUUCGCGCACGCUUCUGGUAUCGUCGUGCCAAUAAUCAAUAAGCUCACUUUUAGUUUGUAUGAAUAAAAUUAUAAAACUAUAUAAUUCAGGGAAA